AUCUGACAGCCGAGUGAUCAGUUGGGACUGACCGCGGUAAUCUUCAGGUAAAGCCACGGAUCAGCCGCAGUCAGUCUGCGAGUGACCCGCCCGGGCGCGACUCCACGGAUGUGAGCGGUGAACAACGGAAAAACAAUCGCGUUCGAUUUUCAAACUUUACUUUUUAAAGUGGAACUGUGAAAGUUUUUUUUUGUUUACCAUGAUUGUGCCGACCGCCUUUUUGAAGCAGCUAUGGCUGACGCUGGGCGCGUCGCUGGCCUUCCUCAUCAUCGGGCUGGUCCGCGGGCACUCCGCCUCCGCGCUGCCCUCGCUCGAGGCGCUGGACCCCGCCCUCGUCACAAACACGCAGAUGAAGUCCUGGAUAGGCGCGAUCCCUCCGCUCGGCGCGUUCUUGGGCAGCCUCUGCUCCGGGGUGAUCAUGCAACGGGCGGGGCGGAAACGCACGCUGCAGUUUACCGCCCCCCUGUGGGGCGCUGCGUGGCUGGUGCUCGGGUUCGCGCCCUCCUUCCCGCUCGUGUUGGUGGGGCGGCUUGCGUCAGGCAUCUGUGUGGGGCUGGCGCUGGCUCCGGCGCAGGUUUAUGUGAGCGAAUGCUGCGACCCGCACAUCCGCGGGCGGCUGGGCUCGCUGCCCGCGCUGUGCAUGUCGCUCGGCAUCGUGGUCUCCUACGUGGCCGGCUCCUGGCUCUACUGGCGGCACCUCGCCUUCCUGUCCGCUGGGUUUUGCUUGGCCCUAUUCCUGGCUCUGCUGCCGCUGCCCGAGUCCCCCGUGUGGCUGGAGGCGCAGGGGCUCGACGCCGCCGCCGCCGUCAAGUGGCUCCAACUGACCCCGCGCGCCACCGCCGCCGUGAAAGAGGAGGUGGAUGAGAAACAACAGAUGGAGGAGCCCGCCCCUACAGACAGCGUGUUCUCUCGCAAGGUGCUCUGCUCCUCCGUGGUCUACAAGCCCCUCAUCAUCGGCUUCUCGCUGCUGUUCUUCCAGCAGUUCAGCGGGAUCGAUGCCGUCAUCUUCUUCACUGUUGAGAUCUUUGAGAGCGCCGGAAGCACCUUAGACCCGAUGACAGCAACAAUCCUAGUCGGAGUAGUGCAGCUACUGAGCAACGCUCUGAGCACGCUGCUGGUGGACCGCGCGGGGCGGCGCCCGCUGCUGCUGGCCUCCGCCGCCGUGAUGGCAGCUUCUAUGAUGGCAAUGGGAGCCGCGUUCUACUUCAAGUUCGAGCAGGAGUCGUGGCUUGGCUACCUGCCCGUCAUCAGCUUAGUCUCCUUCAUGCUGGGCUUCUCCGUCGGCUUCGGGGUUCUCCCCUUCCUGCUGCUGGGGGAGCUGUUUCCCGCGCGCCACCGCUCGCCGCUCAGCGCGCUGGCCGGCGCUGUCAACCUGCUGGCCAUGUUCACCGUCAUCAAGACUUACCAUUCGCUUGACCACCUGCUGACGUCAGCGGGGACCUUCUGGAUGUACGGAGGCUUCUGCGUGCUGGCCUUCUUCUUCGUGCUGUUCGCCGUGCCGGAGACCAAGGGCAAGACCCUGGGCGAGAUCGAGCACCACUUCCGCUCCAAGAAGAAGAAGCAGGCGAUGGCUAUGACGGCUGCGUAGGCGAAGUGAGGGUUAAAGAUGGCUGAUGAUGUCUGGGGUUAUCGCGAAGUCAAAAAGAUGUACCUAACAUUUACGAAGUAAUUAACUACAAGUGUCAAAUUAAAUACGAUGUGAAUCCGAAAAUCGUUGUCAAAACAAGUUUGCGAUAGGGGUCGGGGUUUCAGCAGUCGACGAGUCGAAACUUCACACUUUUGGGAUGAUGCAAUUAUUGUAAUAAAUAGGGAGGGAUAUUGUGUGAAUAUUGUAAAAUAAGGACAUUGAAAGUCGUACGGGACAGUGUCGGUCACGUUCCUAUACAAAAGUUUCAGCACAAAAUACGACCGUAUAUGGUCAGCAAUUUGAUAGUCUAAAAUUUUUCUAUUCUGCUUAUCGUCGUUAAUUCAGUAAAAAUAUCUUCGUUUUCUUGUGCCGUUCUAUUUCUGAAUCCUUCCGUCUUAACAGCCUGAAUAGUCCUGCACUUGUGAAAACCUACAGGCAUUUGAGAUGAUGAAUGAUAGAUUCAUCAUCAAUAUCUCAAAAAACAACCUUUAAAAUUAUUUUAGAUUAAGUGCUUGUGUAUAAAUUUAAGUGCUUGUAAUAUAAUCCUAGCCUAGGUUGAUGAGAUAACUUUUGAAUAUUUAAAUAAUUUUGAUAACUUGUCUGAUGUGGAAACAAACAUAGAUUCUC